GGGUCUGCAGGCACUAAGAGCCACCUCUGGAUUUAAGCGCAUUUAUCCGUCUCCAUGCUGCUCCGGACGUCGCUUUGUACGAAUCGGCAAUUACACGAAGAUCCAACAACCGUGGAUCAAAUAUACAGCAGCCGACAUUCUCUGAGACGAGCCAGCUGCAGACAGCUGUAGCCCUACAGCGACUUGCCGGCAUGGCAAAACAUAGGAUGCAAUGAGAGAAGCAUGCUGGAGAUGGAAGAGAUAGAUGAAUAGAUUGGAUGAAAGAAAACAAAGAGAAGCGUGUGCGAAAAGCCCCGGCAAAGGAACAGCUUACAACAAAUAUUUGACCUCGACCUGAUCGGACGGUGGGAAACUGGUAUUUGAAAUGGAGAUGUCGAGGUUUUCUCCUCCUUCCACACUCAUGCUGCCGAGGCUGAUGAUGAUGUUUGCGUAGGAGUGUUUUAUUUUGCGAACAGCGUUGGUUUACCAGCCUCUACUGUUCAAACAACUCCAGACUAGCGGUGGAUCUAACUGCUUGUUCCAAACACAUCUUCCAGAGAUAAUAUUGGAGCCCGACUUUUUGCAUAUUCCAUCGUUUUCAUACUCGGAGUUUUUCUUGAUUAGUUUUCUGGAACUGGACAGAAAAUGUCGUGCAUGCGAAUGAAAAGAAUGUACAGAAAAAAGUAGACAGCAGUCAAAGAUCAAGAUUAUUUAUUAUGUGGACAUUUUUCCGCUACUUUGUGGUUUUAUGAAUAAUAACUAAAGAUUAGACCCAACAGGGCGUAUUUUAACUCAAAACGAGCGCCACCGUCACUUCGAAAGUCGUCGCUGAAGUGUUUUGCCAAUUUUUGCCAAAUUUUGGGGUUUAAGCGGUAUUAUUUCUGAGUGACUGAGGUCGACACCAAGUAAAUCCAACAGGGGUCGGGACCUGAGCUCCAAGGAGCCGCCAGUAUCUUAGAUGUGACCUGGUGAAUUCCUCUUAUCUCUGAAGGGUGUUGAUGGAGAGCCUUUCGAAUGACAGCCGGGACAGUGGUCAUCACUGGUGGAAUUCUAGCUACAGUAAUAUUACUCCUUAUCAUCGCAGUACUGUGCUACUGUAGGCUGCAGUAUUAUUGCUGUAAGAAGGAAGAAUCCGAGUCGGAGGAGGAGGAGCCAGACUUUGCUGUCACAUCCCGCCUUCCGCCUGUUCACUCCAACCACAACAUUGUGGCGGCGACAGCCGCCGCCUCCUCCAUCCCAAAUGGCCCUGCCCUUUUCUCCACCCCUCCACUGGCCAGAAAACUGACACGUUCACAGACCUUCUGUCCAUCUUGUACGCACUAUGAGUUGCCAUUCUACCUCCAGCCCCCUCAGCCACAACUCCACCACCAGCCAGAUGGGUUGAGGAACGGAGGAGAGCGGAUCAGCUAUCGCAGUGUCCAGCAGCAGGAUCUGGACCUGCCAGUGCCUGUGAACAUUUCAAACUACCGCAAACCUAACCUUGCCCGGUCCGUCACCAUGAGGGACAUGUUUACACGCAGCUGUAGCAUCAGCACUGACGUUUAGCUGUGAAGGGGGUUGAAACUGGUUUAAACUGAUGUUAAAAUGGAUUGGAAAGGCCUAUUCUGGACUGGGCUGGAGUCUAUACUUUUUUCAUCUUGACCAGUUUAAUCCAGUCUGGUAUGGUGUAAUAUAGUCCAGUCUCCUACUGGUCUCCUCUCAUGGAAUAGAGGACUCAGAUGGCUCUCAAGACAAGAUUUUCAAAUGCAUUUUGCUCAGGUCCGGGACCUUAGACCUGGGCCAAAUUUGAUUUUAAAGCAGAAAAAUGUUAAAUAUUAUCAAAAAUAUAGAUGUAUUGAUAAUUUUGUUUCAAAUAGAUCUCUGUUUAAAGUAAUAAUAAUGGAAUUUGUUUUGAAACUUGGUAAUAAUUUAUGUCACACUACUUUCAGUGGAUCCACAGCCUAACAGAUAGACAGGUUCCCGCCAUGUCAAAAUGAUAUAAUCGGCAGGGAUUUUCUCUCUGCCAUAGCUGCUAAAACAAAAUAUGAUUAGAGAGGUCUGCUGUUUCCCUCUCCUGUGAUGGGAUGAUCUGUCUGUUCCUCCAUCCACAGAUUAUAGGGAUUCUGAAACAUCCCACAUAACCAAUGGAAAGACUAGAAAGGGGAGGGAUGACAUAAUAUGUUAGUAUCACCCACAGACAUUUUAGACCUAGGCCAUACAGUAAUAUUUUAGACAUAAAGGGCUCACCGAAGAUGAAAUCCCUGCUUGUUUUCCAUAUGCUUUUAUAAACGUCCCCAAUUUGAAGGGAGGCAAAUUUCUCUAAGUGUCUGGUAACAACAAAAAGCAUACAGUAUUUCCAGUACAGUAUGCUACACUUCAGCAGAGAAAGACCUCUGUGUUAUUGGGCUGACUAGGUGCCAAAGGGGACUGAAUUGUUGUUUUUGUGUGCAUACGCGUGAGUGUGUUUGCAUGCAUGUGUGUGUGCGUGCGUGCGUGUCUGUGUUAAAUUGUUAUACCAGAGUUCUUAUUUCAAACAGUUAAACAGAGUUGGUUUAGCCCUAUCUACACUGAACCCAUUGAUGGGUUGCAAUAACAUUUUAUUAUCUAACUUGUAACAUUUAUUUUAAGGGGGGAAGGAAUUUUGUUUAUUUUCCACUUUACCCUAAAUGAAUCUUAAAGAAUGACCCACACAGAUUAUUUAACAAAUGCUACACAGAUAUUUUGUGCUUUAAUGUUUAUUUUACUACUGUCACACAGACUCAAAUUGUGGAUGUCUCGUAAAAUGGCGAAACUUUCAACAAUUUUCCUCACAAAUCUAUGUUUUAGACUCACUAUAUUCCUUGUGUUGUCUCUGAUUUAAUGAUUAUAUGGAUACAUGGCCGAAGGGUUCAUAUACCUUUAAAGGCACAUGUAUAAAUAUUUAACAGGCCAUAGCAUACACAGCAGUCUCUCUUCUUUUAACUGGAUGGACUGGAUGAAUAUUUGUUCCUGUACCAAGAUACAAACAGAGUUCCUUCUCUGGAUUGUUUUGUUUUAUUUUAAAUUUUAUUUCUGCGCUUGGCUGACCAGCCUGGCUCGAGGGCUGAUAUUCUAACUUGGAGAAGCAGUGGCAGAUUUUAUGGACCUUGGACAUGCAUUUAAUGAGUGAAAUUAUUUACUGCUUACUUCAGAAAACAUCUGUGGUUCAAGCUGAUGGGAUUGUCCUUUUUGGAUGCGUACCUCCCUCCCUCUCUCUCUCUCUCUCUCUCUCUCUCUCUCACCCCCUCUCUCUCUCUCUCUUGCUCUAAAAAUGGGUGGUGAACUCUGUCAUACCCUUCGAUCUCUCUUUCUCCGUCUCAGUUUUGAUUUUAUUAGCAACCAUUUAUUUUCCCACAGGGUGAAACAGUGAGUGAUUUUGUUUUAAGUUUUUCCUCUUGUGACAUGUGCUUUCCUGCAAAUACACUAGCACAUAAUAUACACAAACACACAACAUAAUAGUUCUUAAUGCUAUGCUUUCCUUAUUAAACUAUGUGACAGUUGCACAGGAAAUAUAGUGCCAUAAAUAAUUAUUAUAAGAGAAAAGUAUUAUUAUUAUUAUUAUUAUUAUUAUUAUUAUUAUUAUUAUUAUUAUUAUUAUUAUUAUUAUUAUUAUUAUUAUUAUUAUUAUUACACAUGUAUAUUCAAAUGCUAUGUUGCUUUUACCUUAAAGUAUUUGAAUUAUUUGCUUUAUUUUAUGAUCCAGCUGUUUUUUCAGACUCAGUGCAGCAGAAAUGUUUCUGUCCUUGUUUCUAAUGUAUAACUAACAACACAUUGUUGCUAAUAAAAUCGUGUGAAAAUCUAUA